CGUCUUGUGUGUUAUUACUUUUGUUUACAAUGUCGCCAACACUAUGACUUGCAUCGCAUGUGGCUGACGUCAUGAUUUGCUCCUUGCCUGCCUGCCCCAAAGAAUCACAAAGAAAAGAACCUGCCCGGUGGGUUGGCUGAGUGUCCGGCUGCUGUGUUGAACGUGCAACCAAAUUGCGAAUUUUUCUCUUACUUUGCAUUGCGACAUGAAGUGCUGAUGGCGAAAUAUAGUUUUGUGUAUUACAGUUGUUCUAUUUACCGCGUGAAGCGGAUUCCGUGUAUUGUUCAGCGAUAGAAAAUAGUAAAGUUUCGUAGCACCAUGGCAUUCAGGCUUUUAACGAUAGCAAGGCAACUUGAUAAAGUACUUUCAAACGGUGUAAAACGUGAUAGAAUUGUGGAGGCAGCCUUAAAAAGGAAACUUACCUCUCUUCCCCGAAAUACUGCUGCAAGUAGUAUUGAGUAUAUAAUACAGCAAUGGAAAGCAUUUUGUAGCUCACAACCACCAAAAGGAUUCGAGAAAUACUUCAAACCUGGCGGCGGUGCAAAAAAGGUGGAAUCAAAAAGUGCUUCUGGUGCAAGUAAAGAAGCACCAAAGCCUGCAGAUGUGCCCCCUCCUUCAAGAGGUCAGCAGCCAUCAUCAAAUCAGACCCAAAAAUCAAAGCAAUAUGAUCAGUGGUCAUUUGGUCUUUUUGGGGGAUCGUCCACAAGAUCUGGUGGCAGUGGGCCAGGAGGUCCAAAAGGCUUUGCCAGCGACGGAGGCGAGCGGGAGCGCUGGCUCGCAGUGGGGGCUUUGGCUGCUGUUGGAUUGUUGGGCACCAUAGCUUUCUAUGAAAUGAGCUACACAGAGAUAGCAUGGAAGGAGUUUGUGCAUACUUACCUAUCACGAGGUAUUGUUGACAAGCUGGAAGUUGUCAACAAGAAAUGGGUUCGGGUGCGAUUGACUCCUGGGAACUCGGUUGAUGGCAAUGCUAACACAAUUCUGUGGUUCAACAUUGGCAGUGUUGAUUCGUUUGAGCGUAAUUUGGAAAAUGCGCAGUCUGAUAUGAACAUUGAUCCUGCAAAUUAUGUGCCGGUAACUUACAAGACUGAACUGGAAGCAGCCAGCGUAACAGGAAUCUUACCAACGCUGCUCAUUAUUGGUUUCCUGGUGUAUAUGAUGCGACGCUCGGCUGAAAUGAUGGGAGCGAGGGGCGGCCGACGUGGAGGGGGAGGUCUGUUUGGCGGCGUCAUGGACUCUACCGCCAAGCUUAUAAACUCCAGUGACAUUGGAGUGCGCUUUAAGGAUGUAGCUGGUUGUGAGGAAGCCAAGUUAGAAAUCAUGGAGUUUGUUAACUUCCUGAAGAACCCACAGCAGUACGUUGAUCUCGGAGCCAAAAUCCCUAAGGGUGCCAUGCUGACCGGACCCCCAGGCACUGGCAAGACCUUGCUGGCAAAGGCAACUGCUGGGGAAGCCAAUGUACCUUUCAUUACAGUCUCAGGAUCAGAGUUCCUUGAAAUGUUUGCAUUGCUUCGUCCAGGUCGCUUUGACCGACAAAUUUUCGUACCAGCACCAGAUAUAAAGGGCCGUGCCUCAAUUUUCAAGGUGCAUUUGCAUCCUCUCAAAACGAAUCUUGACAAGUUGGAUCUGGCCAGGAAGAUGGCAGCUCUUACCCCGGGAUUCACAGGAGCAGACAUCGCGAAUGUGUGUAAUGAAGCAGCCCUGAUAGCGGCUCGUGAUUUGAACGAAUCCAUAACGAUGAAGAAUUUCGAACAAGCAAUUGAACGUGUCGUUGCUGGUAUGGAGAAGAAGACUAAUGUUGCAUAUCAUGAGGCAGGUCAUGCUGUGGCAGGCUGGUUUCUGCAACAUGCGGACCCAUUGUUGAAGGUGUCCAUUAUACCCCGUGGCAAAGGUCUUGGUUACGCGCAGUAUCUGCCAAAGGAGCAAUAUCUUUACAGCAAAGAGCAGCUGUUUGAUCGUAUGUGCAUGACUCUUGGUGGCCGUGUCUCCGAGGAAAUUUUCUUUGGACGGAUCACAACUGGUGCUCAGGAUGAUCUCAAGAAGUUCUAG